CUAAUUUCUUUUUUCUCUUCGCAUGACAUUGGCACAAAUUGCAUCACUUGAAAUUUUCUCGAUUGUGUGUUUCCUUUAAAUCUGCCCAUCUCUGAUCUCACUCUCUCUCUCUCUCUCUCUCUUAUUUCACCCUCUCCACGAUGAAGCACAAAGUCUCCAAGAGAGCAACGAUUUCUCUCAGAUGGGUUCCGUUUCUCUGCAUCUCUUUCUUCGCCCUCGGAGCCAUUUUCACCUCAAGGUCAUGGGAGCCGUCGUCGGAUUCCGGUAGUCUGCUGAUUUCACAGCACCGUCGUGAUCAUGAACUUCAGAUUGUGUCAGACGAUUGUGCUCAUAAGAAAAAAGCUACGCAAGAAAAAGAUGUAAUGGACGAAGUUUUGAGAACACAUGAAGCAAUACAGGUUGAUAGAUCGCUGGAUAAGUCAGUUUCUACGUUGCAAAUGCAGUUGUCUUCUACAAAGACCUCUCAAGAAACGGAAACAACCUCCUCUGUAAUGGGAGCAACCCCGAGGAAGAAAGUGUUCAUGGUUAUGGGAAUUAACACCGCGUUUAGCAGUAGAAAACGGCGUGAUUCAGUCAGGGAAACGUGGAUGCCUCAAGGGGAGAAGCUUGAGAAACUGGAACAAGAGAAGGGAAUUGUCAUCAAGUUCAUGAUUGGACACAGUGCGACGUCGAAUAGUAUACUGGACAGAGCUAUUGAUUCGGAAGAUUCUCAACACAAAGACUUCCUUAGGCUGGAGCAUGUUGAAGGAUAUCACGAACUCUCAGCAAAAACCAAAAUAUUCUUCUCUACUGCAGUAGCUAAAUGGGAUGCAGAGUUCUAUAUCAAGGUUGAUGAUGAUGUUCACGUGAAUCUCGGUAUGCUUGCAUCCACACUUGCUCGUCACCGCUCAAAGUCGAGGGUCUACAUUGGGUGUAUGAAAUCAGGACCUGUUCUUGCUCAAAAGUCAGUGAAGUACCAUGAACCUGAGUAUUGGAAAUUUGGAGAGGAAGGCAACAAAUACUUUCGACAUGCUACGGGACAGAUCUAUGCCAUCUCUAAGGAUCUUGCCAAAUACAUAUCCAUCAACAAGCCGAUUUUGCAUAAGUAUGCUAAUGAAGAUGUGUCUUUAGGGUCAUGGUUUAUCGGACUUGAGGUUGAACACAUCGAUGACCGAAACUUCUGUUGUGGGACUCCUCCAGAUUGUAGAUGGAAGGCAGAGGCAGGCGAUGUGUGUGUGGCGUCAUUCGAGUGGAGCUGCAGUGGGAUUUGCAAGUCGGUAGAGAGGAUGAAGAUAGUCCACGAAGUGUGUAGCGAAGGAGAAGGAGCUGUUUGGAAUGCACUUCUCUAGAAGAACAUGUAACUUCUCAAUCAGCUUUAAGUGGAGCUAAUUUAGAAACAUACACACUCACAGGUCACACAACUUUGACUGAAAGAAAACAAACGAGGGAGAGAGAGAGAGAGAUUGGAGGAGAGGGCAAAUUUUGUAAAAAAAACCAAAGGUAUACAAAUCGCAUACUGGAGAAAAUAUCAAAAGGCCUUUAAAUGCAGAACAUAUAUAUGAGCAAAAGACUCUUUACUUUGGUUUCGUUAUACGAGUAACUUAUUUGAUUUAGAGCCCUCUUUGUUGUGUUGUUUAAGUUUUAACAUUAUACUAUCUUCAGAUUUUUUUUUAAUUUACUAGCAAAUACUAA